AUGUCCACGAUCCAUGUUGCGAGAGACUCUCACAAGCAUCCAGAGAAAUACAGAAUCAACACCCAAGAUGCAAGAAACAUUCUCCUUCCCGGAGCCGACUUCGUAGAUAAUGCGAACUUGCCAGAAAUCCACUCCAACCUGGACGUGGCCAUUAUCGGUGCAGGCUACGGUGGGUUGGCUGCAGCGUUGAUGUGUAAGAAGAAAUACAGCGAUAAGACAUUCACGGUGUUUGAAAAGCACGCUUCGUGGGGCGGAACAUGGUGGGCCAAUACGUAUCCGGGAUGUGCCAGUGACAUUCCUGCGUUGUGGUAUUCCAUUUUUGACGAGCUAUGUGAUAAUUGGAGUGACUUAAGACCUCCUCAGUACGAAAUCGAGGAAUACAUCUUGGCCGUGGUGAAGAAGUACAAUUUGCUGAAAAACUCGAGGUUCGAGACUGCAGUGAAAGUAUUGCGCUAUGACGACGCGUCUGGGAUGUGGACCAUUACUGCAACCAACGUCAAAACGGGCCAAAGAUACGUCCACACUGCGAAGGCUGUCCUUCUUUGUCUUGGUGGCUUAGUGUACCCUAACCCAGUGAAUGUGCCCGGUCUUGAAGACAAGUUCAAGGGCUCUUUUAUGCAUUCUGCAUUGUUCGAUCACUCUGUAGAUUUCAAAGAUAAGAAUGUUGUUGUUAUUGGCAAUGGAUGCUCUGCCGCCCAGCUCAUUCCGGCUCUCAUGGAUGACAAAGAGGUGAAAACAGUUACGCAGCUCUUCCGCUCGAAACACUGGAUCAUGCCACCUCUUCCUCCAAUCCUCUAUACCAUCUACAAGCUCAUGUCGAAAACACGCUUCACUCUAGUGCUUUACAGAUGGAUCGUGGCGAUGGGAGCAGAGACAAGAAUGCCAAUGUACUUUGGAAAAGGUUUAGUUGCACGUCUCAUGAGAUAUAUUAACACCAAAAUGGCAACACACUAUAUCACGUCUACAGCUCCUAAGAAGUUCCACAAAAUGCUCCUUCCCUCUUACAAAAUUGGCUGCAAGAGAUUAAUUUUUGACUACCACUACAUUCCCUCGUUGAACAAUCCUAAAUUUGACAUGUCCGACAGCCCGAUCAAAGAGAUCACCGAGAAUAAAGUCAUCUUGAACGAUGGCCGCGAGAUUGAUGCAGACAUAAUUGUUGCAUGCACCGGUUAUGAUAUUCGUAGAGUCGUGUCCUCUUGUCAAGUCAUUGGAAGAAACGGAAUUGACUUGAAGGCACUUUGGGAUAGAGAAGGAAUAACCGCUUUCAAAACGUCCAUGGUUCGUGACAUGCCUAACCUUUUUUUUAUUGGAGGUCCCAAUUCUGCCACUGGUCACUCUUCGGUUGUCACUGCGAUUGAGAAUUCAGUGGCAUUAUCGCAAAGAGCUUUGAAAGAGGUUUUAGCCGGACGUUCGAAAUCUGUUACCGUCAAGACCAGCGCAUACUACAAAUGGUUCGAGACGGUCCAGGAUACUCUCAAAAACGCAGUUUUUGGAAGCAAGCUCGGUGGAUGUGUUUCUUGGUAUACUGAAGACGGAGUCAAUUCAACAAGUUAUCACAGAGGUCAGUUCCAAUUCUGGUAUGACCUGAGGUUUGGCAGUCUACGUGAUUUAGUUUAUGAGCCCAUUAAUGGCCACCAGAAAAUAGAUUAG